CCGGAGAGAAUUGGUUUUUGCUUCCUCGACGAACAUAACAUGGAGGAGUGGAUUCCCCUGUUCGACAUUUUCUUUAAGAGUCCAUCGCCGGAAACCGAGGCGUCGCUCUGGCUAGAUCAGGCUUCGAACUCUUUGUCCUCCUUCUCGUCUUCUUCUUCAUCCGCCUCAACGGCAUCUCCGAUCAACCGGAGCUCGUUUGUUUCACUCCUGAAGAAACAAUGCGAUUUAAUCGAUCAGAAUUCAUCUCCGCCUGCAAGCAAGAUACUUUUCAUGGAGACAUUACCAAACAUGGUUCAGUCUCGGAUUCUGUCUUUCCUUCUUUUCGAGCAUCGAAGGUUUUGCGGUAGGGAUUUGAUUUGGCUAGCGAGGGACAUGUUGUGUGGUGGUAAAGAAGUCGACUUCUGGGUUCAUAGAGCUGCACACAACCUGCUCGAUACAGUUCCUGAACCAAAAUUUGAUUGGAUAUCUCGUCUAGAUUUGGAUUCGGCUGAUGAUGAAGACAUCAUUGCGGAGGAAUUUGACUCUGUACCUGAUUGGCUCAGUGAGAAGGCUUCUUCUAUUCUUCCAUGGCUUCCACUAUCAUGCGCUGAUGAUGAUGUACAUUCAGAAAUGAUGGCUGUUGACUCUUGGAAUGGGAAUGAGAUGAUGAGUCAAAUCAGAGAGAACGUGGAAGUUGAUCAUCGACAAGCUGUGGAUAACACUGAUCAUACCAUAAACGUUGCGUUACAGCCCGGUGAUCACGAAAUGGCCACGAAUCUCAGAGCUCAGAUCACAAGCCUCGAGUCCACUUCUGAAGUUUUAACCUUGUGUGAUGAAAUUCGGAAACUUUGCUUGGAGAAGGGUAGAGACUCUUUUAGAGUUUUGGCUUUGAUUGAGCCAUGGAAUGCAGAUGAUGAGACUGCUGCGGUUUUGCUUUCGAAUUUGCAUAGUGGAAGUGAAGAAGAAGAGCUUGGUUGGCCAAGCCAGAUUCUCUGUUCGAUCGUGCUUCCCAAGUUCUUAGCUCUCGAAAAGUCCGCCUCUCGUGUGUUGAUGUCUGCUACAAUCGAGUUUUGCAAGAUCCACCAAAGAGCAGCCGAGUAUGCGUUGGUGUUCCCUUUGAUUCUCAGGAAAGAAGGGAUCAACAGCUUCAUCUGUGAGGUGGUUUCAAGGGUUUUGAAAGAAUGCUGGCACUUGGGUCAUGUUUCUGCGUUUUGCCAGAAGUUACUCUGUGGAAGAACAGAAGAGAAGAGGUUCCUGUUCCUUCCCUGUCACCGAGAUCUUAUCUCUGAUGAUCUGACAUGGAACGAAUCACUGUUCAUCCUUUUUCAGAACAUUCUGAUCCAUGACGUCCCUUUAACGCAAGGUUCCGUUGAUUGUCUUGUUUCCAAGGUUCAGGAGUUGGUGAAAAAGUAUUCCAAAUCUCUAAAAUUUGGAAACUUCUUGCUGCAUUUUGUUGCCAAAUGUGCUCCGAUGCUACAUGCUUAUAAGUACCCGCUGAUCAAAUCUGUUGAGUGCACGAACAGUCUAGUUACAAGGCCUAUUCUAUCGAAACUCAACGCUCUGUAGCUCCUAUAUCCUGGUCUGUUCAUUGGUGAUAAACCGUUCUUCCAUGGUGAUAUGAGCAUUUAACUGCGAGAGCAUGUAGGAGUGGACGAGAUGUAGUUCUCGAGGGCUUGAUUAGUGGUUACAAAAGGUAUUUCUCCUUUUGUUGGAACAACAUGGUUACACAUGGAUAUCAUUCUACUGAUUGAAUAGUAAAACAGGAGAGUUUGAUGGGGGUGAUUCAUAGCAAUUAGAGUCCAGAUACUUCCCAGACUAAUGCUCGACAUUUUCAGAUGAUCAUUGAAACUUGAAGCCACGGGGAUAAAAGAUGAUUUAGCUCUCUUUGCUCUUGUUAGCAGACACAUCUUCACUGUAUCGUAAUGAUACCAAAGUGAUCAAACCAAAUGAAAAUUUCAUUUCACUGUUUUUCUGUGUAUCUUUGUUUUCAAAGGAGUUUUGUGUCCACACAAUAUGCUGUAAGCAGACAC